UAGAGACGUACCGGGGUGGUGUCACAGUGAAACAGUUCCGGGUAACUAAGUGGGUGAAAGGUUCAGCUGACUGGAGUGAUAGUAGCACCACACAUAUCUUCCUGGAAGAAAAGCUGAACAGAGCGAAAAGUAAACAUGUCUAAACAGCAGCCGAUCAGUCCUCUGAAGAACUUCUUCGCUGGAGGCUUUGGGGGUGUUUGCCUCGUAUUUGCCGGACAUCCACUAGACACCAUUAAAGUGCGUUUACAGACUCAACCCAAACCCAAACCUGGAGAGAGCCUCAUUUAUGCCGGGACCAUUGAUUGUUUUAAAAAGACCUUGGCCAAAGAGGGUGUGAAAGGACUCUAUAAGGGAAUGGCAGCCCCAAUCAUUGGAGUCACGCCCAUGUUUGCUGUCUGUUUCUUUGGAUUUGGCCUGGGAAAGAAACUACAACAGAGAGACUCUGAUGAUAUCCUUACGUAUCCACAGCUGUUUGCUGCAGGGAUGUUGUCUGGUGUGUUCACCACGGCCAUCAUGGCUCCCGGAGAACGCAUCAAAUGUCUCCUACAGAUUCAGCACACAACAGGAGAGGUGAAGUAUGCAGGACCCAUGGACUGCGUCAAACAGCUGUACAGAGACUCUGGAAUCAGAGGAAUCUACAAAGGCACAGCUCUCACCCUCAUGAGAGACGUUCCAGCGAGUGGGAUGUACUUCAUGUCUUACGAGUGGUUGAAGAACCUCCUCACACCAGCCGGAAAGAGCCACAGUGAGCUCAGCGUGCCCAGUAUCCUGUUUGCUGGAGGAAUGGCUGGGAUCUUUAACUGGGCUGUGGCAAUUCCACCAGAUGUCCUCAAGUCUCGUUUCCAAACAGCCCCUGAAGGAAAGUACCCCAACGGCUUCCGGGACGUUCUGCGGGAGCUGAUCAGGGAGGAAGGUGUGGCCUCUCUGUAUAAAGGCUUCACCGCCGUCAUGCUCAGAGCUUUCCCUGCAAACGCAGCUUGUUUCUUAGGAUUUGAGUGCGCUAUGAAGUUCUUAAACUGGUUAGCACCAAACCUGUGAUGGAGGCUCAACGCCGCCUCGUCUCCGAAUCCAAGGAACACACACACACACACACACACACACACUCUCACGCUCACACUCACACUCACACAAGAGAUUUUUAACAAUUUUCCAAUCAUGUGUUUGAUUAUUUUUGAAACCUUGUGGUACUGUUGAACACGUGGAUUCACCUCUCGGACCAGCUCAGCGUUCAACUCUCUGAUGUUGUGACCACUGCUAACGGCACCAGUACGCAAACACACACAAGAAAACACGCACACACACACACAGACAGUCGAAUGUUCUCCCUCCUUUUGUUUUACUUGUUUUCAGUUUAUCGUGUGUGUUUUUUUAUAAGAAAAGGAGUGAUAUGAACAUGCGGUGCCUUACCUUCUGUUAUCUGCGAGCAGGUGUACAUAUCAGGGACAAGGUGCAUCUUGCUGUGCUGUGCGUGUCCAGUCUCUCAGCAAUAAACACCUUUUAAACUGUCUGCGUCCUGUACAGUCACGCUCCACUCAGUGACUAAUUAUACAGACUUCUCUUUCUGUUUGUUUAAUGUGAAACCAUGAGAGUAGUCAUAAUGAGAGUAUAUGAUGUAUGAAAUGUAUAGAAAAUAAAACAAAGAAUCCAUCUACAGAAA